CUGGUUGCACACACUGCGAGGACCCGCCAAACACACAAACACAUACACACUAGUGUAGACACAUGACAGGCCCGCUAGGUAACCAGUGUAGCUAGUGCUGCUGGCAUAUUGUAAUCGUAAUCAUGUUUGUAGCGCGUAGUAUCGCAGCGGACCAUAAAGAUCUAAUUCACGAUGUGUCGUAUGAUUUCCACGGCCGGAGAAUGGCGACCUGCUCCAGUGACCAGAGUGUCAAGGUUUGGGACAAAAGUGAGAAUGGAGAGUGGCACUGCACAGCUAGCUGGAAGACACACAGCGGAUCAGUCUGGAGAGUGACAUGGGCUCAUCCGGAAUUUGGGCAGGUUCUGGCCUCCUGCUCCUUUGACAGGACCGCUGCAGUCUGGGAAGAGAUUGUAGGGGAGUCCAAUGACAAACAGAGAGGACUGAGCCACUGGAUAAAGAGAACAACAUUGGUGGACAGCAGAACCUCAGUGACUGAUGUGAAGUUUGCCCCAAAACACAUGGGCCUGAUGUUGACCACCUGCUCAGCAGAUGGAGUUGUGAGGAUCUACGAGGCCCCUGACGUGAUGAACCUGAGUCAGUGGUCCCUGCAGCACGAGAUUUCCUGCAAGCUCAGCUGCAGCUGCAUCUCUUGGAACCCCUCAAGCUCUCGUGCCCACCCACCAAUGUUUGCAGUGGGGAGUGAUGACAGUAACGUAACGUACGGUGGGAAAGUUCAGAUCUAUGAGUAUAAUGAAAACACAAGGAAGUAUGCUAAAGCAGAGACACUGAUGACCGUCACUGAUGCAGUCCAUGACAUUGCAUUUGCACCAAACCUUGGAAGAUCGUUCCAUGUACUCGCCAUUGCAACGAAAGAUGUCAGAAUCUUUAAGCUUGUUCCCAUGAGAAAGGAGAGCACAUCAACAGGACCAACCAAGUUUGAGGUGCAAAUUGUGGCUCAGUUUGACAACCAUAACUCCCAGGUGUGGCGUGUGAGCUGGAACAUCACUAGCACCCUGCUGGCCUCAUCCGGAGAUGACGGGUGUGUGCGCCUUUGGAAAGCUAACUACAUGGAUAACUGGAAGUGCACAGGCAUCCUGAAGGGAGACGGCAGUCCACUCAGCGGCUCAUCUGGUCAGCCCACAGCCAUGAGCACUGUGGUGGGCUCCUCUGUUCACACCUCCCAGAACGCCUUGAACGGGAUGUCUGCAGGAAGGUAUUUCUUUCCGCCUCUGGAUCUUCCCAGGGCAGGGACCAGGUAUGGUCACCUGCUUCCUCCUUCCUCCCUCAUAGAGCACUGUGAUGCUGAGCCCAUUCAACCUCAGCAGCAGCCUCUCCCCCACAGACACUCCUCUAGAGCACUUCUGCCCCUACCAGAGGCUGAGGGGCAGUGAUAUGGGGGUGUUUUAGCUUGACCGUGUUUCGGGGAUGGGCAUGGGCCACACAACUGUCAUUCAUUUUUAAUAAAGAUUGUUGAUUUUUA